AGGUAGAGGGGCUCAGUCUCGCGACCACGUGCUCCACGGACGCACGGUACCAGAUUGCACGUACAUCCGACGCGUUCUAAUCCCUGUAAUAUCGCAAGGUGUAUCCCAUUAUGUUAGAAUAAUCAUCUCAUGUGCUCCAAUGUUUUUUGAAUUUUUAUCCAUUUUUAUUUCUUUAUUUUCAUUCAAUCAAUAGUAAGGAACCGUAAAAGAGAGGAACGUAUACAUGUCAUCGUCGUCGUUCCGUGAUAUCUCUAACAGACAAACCAAAUUGCGUAUGAGACGAUUAUACUCGCGACGAUCGUUUGACUAACCACGUGCGAUAAAAAUUGUGCACGCUGCAGAUACGUACAUUUGUCUUAUGCACGUACGCAUCAAUUACUUUUCAUUUUAUUUAGAGACUGAAAAUUAGUUUUAUGAAAAGUGUUCGCACGUUCAACGUUAUACAGAUUGUACAAGUGAUUACGUCGUUUUAUGUGUUGCCGGAAGAAAUCGAUGAGGAUUAAGACUGAUCGAAGACACAAUCGAUAAAGUAUGUGCGCAUAAGAAGGUUUUCGAAACGAAUGUUAUACGGGUCGUAUACGUACGCAAGAAAGUGCAGGAGACGACGGUUUCACCGAACCUGAAAUAAUAGAUUCCAUUAUUGAAUGACGAUAAUUCUCGUUAAUGAAUCGGCAUGUUAAAAGGAACAGUUUUCAGAAGAAAUAAUAUCUUUAAUAGCGGAUAUGCAGGCAGUAUUUAAAUUAACCACCGGCUAUUCCCACCGCGGGUAAAUAAUCAGCACUUGAAUGGGGACACGUGUGUAAUUUAUAACUAGAUAAAUAAACUAAAUGAAAUGAACUAUUAAAUUGAAAUUAAUCGAGAAUUCAUAAUGAGAAUGUGAACGCAUACGAUUAAAUUCCUUCCAUACGUUAAAUAAAUAAACAAAUAAAUAAAUAAGUAAAGAACCAAAUAAAUAAGUCGAACCGGUUGUGAAACAUAUAAUCUUUAAUAUUUUUUAAUUCGGUUGAUCCGAUCAUCAGGAAGGACGUUCAUGAAAAUGCAUGUUAUAAGGUAUAAAAAAUGACGACGGAAAUCAAAAGCCACGGUGAAUAGGGGGGCGAAUGGACCUGGGGGAAAUCCAGGCGGCGGGGGUCGCGGGGGCGAGUGCUCCGGGCGACGCUAUUUCCCCUGUCAGGUGGUGGACCCCAUCCGCAACUUUAACUUCCUCUACGGUCACACCUGUUUCUUCAGUUUCUGCUAAUACCGACGUGAUGAAUCAGCUCUGCAGGGUUUGCGGGGAACCUGCCGCCGGAUUUCAUUUCGGAGCAUUCACGUGCGAAGGUUGCAAGUCAUUCUUUGGUAGAACGUACAACAACCUCGGUAGUAUAUCGGAAUGUAAGAACGGUGGUAUCUGCGUGAUAAACAAGAAAAAUCGUACCGCUUGCAAGGCGUGUCGUUUACGUAAAUGUUUAAUGGUGGGUAUGUCAAAGUCAGGAUCUCGUUACGGGCGUCGUUCAAAUUGGUUCAAGAUCCACUGUCUUCUUCAGGAGCAAUCGAACCAGGUUCAAACAAGAUUAAAACCUCCGAAACUGCCGUACGAAAAAUCGUUCAGUCCGCUGGACGCUGCUAACAAUAACAACAAUAGCAACAGUAAUAACAACAACACAACAACGUCGAUGGUUAACAACCACGGUUACAACCAUCACGAGAGAUUGCAACAACAGCCAAAGAGAGAACUGGGCGAGAUACAAACGCGGUCCGCGUCACAAGUCGUUGAUAUUUUGAGACAACAAUCCAAUUCCGACCCCCAAGUAUUGAGACCCCAAGAACUUCUGAGGCCGGAUCAUUCGUCGAGGUCGUUUCCCAUGUGGAGAGGACCUCCCUUCUUCCAUCCAGCUUUAACGCACAUGCAGUUGUUGAAUACGCCAUAUUUUCCGUUCCAACAACGUUUCAUGAUGCCCUACGUCGGUCACAUGAACCCUCCGCAGAUACCUGUCAAAAGUUUGCUCGAGAGUUCCUCGAGCGAGAGUGUCAGUCCGAGGUCAACGCCUUCCCCGAAACCUGAAGAGGUACUUCGGUCACCACCGGAAUUAGACAGAGCCGGAUCUUGCGACAAAAGUAUCGCGUUUCUCAGGUCGUUAGGACCGGAACAAGACGCCCCGAUCGACCUCAGUAUGAAAAACGCAACUGUCACGGGGGGUAAAAGCACGGGUAAUUCUGAACCGGAAGUCGCCACAUCGGAAGAAGAGAAAACAUCGGAUACCGAGGACGAGUCGAAGGAACGAGAAACUGAAACUGGGCCUCCCUUAGACCUGACCAGAAAGACAUGAUCUUUCUCAACGUUUCUUCUUCUUCUUCACUGUAUACUAAUUAUAAAAAAUUGUACAUAGACUUUUUUUUUUUCAAGUGCCAGUAAACCACGUGAUAUUUUAUAAUAUUUAUGUACGUACAUAUAACUACUAAUUACUUAGAUUCCGCAGUGAUCGGUUAUAAUUAUUUUCACAUCAUGCGACGAAAUAUGUAUAUUUUCUUUUACAUUUUUCUUCCUGCACAGCAAAGUGAUGAAAAUUCGCCAGUCUCGCGUAUUCGAUGGCCAGUGUUUUUUUUUUCUUAUUAUUUUCUUCAAAUAAAUAAUUUAUACGAGCGAGUGGAAGCUGUUUAAUUUAUACACCGUCUAUUGAAUUACUUUAAUAAUUUUAUAAAUUAUUACGAUUAGGUAUGAAAGCGUAAUACUCGUUACAAUUUAUAGGCCAGUACAAAAGUAUAAGACAAAAAAAAAAAAAAAAAGAAACAAACUCGAAAACGAAAUUUGAAUGCACAGAAAAAAGGAAAAGCAAUGCUGUAUAUAAACGUGCGUAUGUAUUAUAUGAAAAACUAAUUGAAUGUAAAUAUCAUAAUAUAGUUAAAUUUAUUAAUAAGUGGAAUAAAAAUUAUGACACAUUAUCGCAGUACGUAAUCACACAUAAAAUUUAGUCGAAUUUUUCUUUCUCUCACAAGGAUUUCAAAUAUAUGUAUCUAUGGCGUAAUUUUGAUUACGAUCGGAUCCUGAUUCUACAAAUCAAGCCGAAUAUUCAGUUGGGUAAUGAGUCAUCGAUAUAUUCGAGGAUGUAGCAAGAAAAAAGAGAUAAUAAAAUAAAAUAAUGAAGAGCGAUAAUUUUCGUUUUGCCU